ACAGGCCCCUUUCAGGAAGGCCUCAGCCCCUGCAUGUCGCCAGCAGGCCUUGGGCAAGGCUGCGUGUUUACCACCUAAAAGGAGCUGCAAGUGGCAGAGGAUCUGAGAAGGGACGAUGGCAGGGACUUGGAAGGCCCUGGUGCUGGUGGCAGGCUUGGUGGCUGUGGCCUGCGUGGCCCAACGCAGUCUGAGCUAUGAAGAGAUUGUCACCCAGGCCCUGAAGUUCUUCAACCAGGGGCGGCGAGGUCAGCGCAUCUUCGGCCUGCUGGAAAGCACCCCGCCGCCACCUGACUUGAACUCCACCACCAUCCCGCUCAACUUCAGGAUUAAAGAGACCGUGUGCUUUCUGUUCCGGUACCGCCGACGGCCCCGACAGUGUCCUUUCAGGGAGGGCGGGGAGGAGCGGAACUGCACCGGUGCCUUCUUCAUGCUGCGGCAACUCCGCCUCCUGUCGCUCAACUGCGUGCCGGACGGUGAGCUGCAGCCGGAGCCUCGCCGGGUAAGGCGCUCUGCUGGGUCCUCUGGGGAAGACCCUCCAGAACUUGACAGCUCCAGUCUGCCACCUGCAGUCAGGGACCUGUACGAGAGAGCCAAGUACGACAUCAUCUCCAACAUCCUGAGGAAUUUCUAGGGCUGGAGAAGGGAAGGGAUGCCCUGCAAGCCCACAGCGACCUGCGAUUCCCCCCCACCCCCAUUCUCUUCCUCUGCUGCCCUCAGCACUUCCUGGCCUGCAAAUGAGCCCCCCAUACUCCUCUGCCUUUGCAUACCUGCUUCCCUCUGCCGGGGAUUCCUGCCCAUCCUGUGUCUGUGGAUGCUCCACAUCCUUCCAGGCACAGGUCCAAAGUCACCGCCCCAAGGAAGCCUCUCUGCUCUUCCUGAGCAGCGCAAGUGUCCUUCCCUUGUCCGUGGUGCAGUCACGAUCCUCAAACCACGCUGCCAAGUACGAGCUGCGUCCCGGGCUACAGAGCACUGUCUCUCCUGCCAGCCGGGCCCUCCUAUGCCAGCUGCAGGUGGCUGGGGAAGGAGUUUCUCUGCCAAGUGCUCCUGAAUCCCCGGAGGGCAGUUCUUUCUGGGCAGGACCCUGAGUGCCCCUGUUCCCUGCCCAGUCACUGUGACAACGAAAUGUCCCUUCAUAUAUCUGGCACCCCCAAGAGGGGGGCCAGGGCAUCCUCCGCUGAGAGUGACAGGAGUGAAACACAAUAAAAUGUUUCUAAGU